AUGUCUCUCGUCGAGCUGCCAUACCCGGCCACCGUCCCCGCCGCCUCCAUUCCAGACCACCACACCGCGUCAGAGCUCCCGUCGACUUAUAACCCGUCUGCUCGCAGCACACCUCGCUCCAGCUCCCUCUCCCUGUCCAUUGAACAAACCACAACCACUACCCUCAGCUCCGUGACUGACGAAGUAACCGACGACAUGCUUUCAAUACACUCUACCAAGAGCGAGCCCUUCAUGUCCGCUGCCGCACCUGCUCUGCCCGCCAAGAGCGCCCUGCGAGCCUCGAGGCUCCUCGCCACCAUGCCGCAGAAGCUGCCCGAGGACCGCGCCGUUCUCACGCAUGCUGCGCCUCACCUGGUGUACCUGUCGUCUGAAGAGGAUGGCUCGUCCUCGGCGGACGACCUUUCAGAUCUCGACUCGUUUGACUCGGACAGCGAAGAAUCGCUCGACGGCUACUCGACGCACGGCCAGUUUGCCCGCGCCGUCUCCGUCAUAUUCUCGGGCAAGCCCUCGGUGGUCCAUCUCACCGGCCGCAGCGCCUCACUGGGAUCACUUCGCCGACCAUCCAACGACGCUGCCCUGCGCACCAUCUCGACCGCGCCGAUGCUUGGCCGCAUGCGCUCCACCUCGUCGGCGACAUCUUCCACCACCAGCCUCGGCCACCCGCCUCGCUCUAGCAGCAUGACGACCAGUCUGGAGAUGGAGAGGCGCCGCCCCAAGUUCCUCCACAUCGACCCUUUUGCGGCCAGCAAGACGGACAAGGACGAGACGGACAGCAUCAAGACACCCAAGACGCCGACGGCCAUGCUCUCCCGUGCCUUUAGCAGCCUGGUCAAGAAGCGCAGCCGGCCUACACUGACGCCCGUCAUUCACAACGACUUUGUCCACAUGGAGCAGGUGGGCGAGGCCCCGGAGGAACUACUGGACGACCGGUCUGUCUCACCCAAGUCAAGACAUGCGGGACCCCCCAAAUACUACGAUGCCAUGACGGCCGCCAAGAAGAAUGGCCAGCAGACGGUAACGGCACCCGCCACGCCUACAUCACCAAGUGGUGCCAGGAACGGCAUCCGUGGCUUCUCGUUGAGCAGACGGAUGAGCGUUCGCGCAUAG